AUGGACGCACCCAGCACCUCCUCCGUCCUCCCACUCGACAUCCUCUACUGUCAAGUAUGCACCUUCCCCCCCGAGUACUGCGAGUUCGGCUCGUCGGUUUCGAAGUGUAAGACUUGGCUCGAAGGGGCACAUCCGGAGUUGUAUGAUAAGUACUGGUCUGAGGACGCCUUGGCGAAGAAGAUAGGCACACUCUCACUCGAGAAAGAGAAAAAGCUCGAACAAGAAGGGAAAAAGAAGGAGGCCAAAGCAGAAGCGAAAGCCUCAGCCGCAGCUAAGAAGCUCAAAGAAUCUCAAGUAAUCAUCAAGCGUAUCGAACGUUCCAAGCGGAAAUACGUCACCUCCGUCUUCGGGCUCGAAGCGUUCCAUAUCGACCUAAAGAAAGCGGCCAAGCAGCUCGCGCAGUCCCUUGCCCGCGGAGCAAGUGUGACGCUCAACCCCCAGGGGUUGGAGGAGAUCGUCAUACAGGGAGAUGUGGGGGAUGAGGUGGAGGAGAUGUUGGCUAAGGGAGUGGGGGUGUUGAAGGGUGUUCCGGAGGAUAAUGUUGUACAGGUCGAGGAGAAGAAGUAGGGCGAGGGACUGCGUACGGCGUGGGACGGGUUGAGCUGGGGUUUGCAGAAACGGAACGGAACAGAUGUAAUAUCAGCUCAUGUCGUGUCGUGUCAUGUCAAGUCAUCAAGAAUACUG